AUGGCAUCAAAUUACCAACUCGGGUACGAUGACGAAAGAUUCGAGUCGAUAGUGAACCGAAAUUUCCACUGUUUGAUUUGCUAUAACGUCUUGAAAGACCCCGUGAUGUGCCGCAGAAAUCAGCAUUAUUUCUGCCGCGGCUGCAUCACGGAACAUCUUCGUAGGAAUUCCCAUACAUGCCCAACGUGCGCUGACGAACUGAGGGUCGAAACAUUGCAAGACGUUCCAAGAAUUGUGAAGGAUUACUUAGACGAACUAAGUAUCCGUUGCAACCAUUACGACAGAGGAUGUCGGGAACUCGUACAGCUGCAGAAUUUAAAGCGACAUGUCGCCGAAUGCGGGUUUACCCCAGUCGUUUGUGGAAAUCAAGGUUGUGGUGAGGCAAUCAGUAAAAGAGAUCGUACAUAUCACGAGAGUGAACUGUGUCAAUUUAGAAAGUUGAAGUGUCACAACUGUGGAGAAAUCAGCACGAUGAUGGCGGGUAUGGAAACGAAAAUGGCAAACUUGGACACGAAUCAGGCGGAUAUGCGAACGAAAUUAGCAAAUGUGAGCGCGGAAAUGACGGCUGUUAAAACGAAAUUGACAAACACGAACACGAAACUAACAACCAUGGACACGAAAAUGGCAAAUAUUAGCACGGAAAUGGCAAAUAUUAGCACGGAAAUGGCAAAUGUGAAAACAAAAAUGGCACAUACAGACACGAAACUAGAAAACCUGCACACGAAGCUGAAAAAUGUUGACACGAAAGUGACAAACUUGCAGGCGAACGUGGAAGCCAAGUUCGAAGCAGUGAAUAAUGAGGUGAGAGGAAUGAAAAUGAGUUUAAAUGAAGUAAAAAAUGACUUCCAUCAGUUGAAAGAAGCAGUUCUUGAGAAGAUAGAAAGCGGAGAAGGAAAGCAGGAGGAAAUCACAAGAGAUGUAAGUGGCACAGCGAGUGGCGGGAGAGAAAAUCAACACAUAUUUGUUGCUGGUGGUGUGGAGAGAAACUCGGUAGAAAUAUUUAACUGCCGUCAGAGAUUGUGGUCUUUAUUAAAGCCCAUGCCAGUGAAGCGUGACGAUGCAUCUUCAUUUGUUUACAAUAAUCAUGUGACUGUAGCGGGAGGUGAAUGUAAUUGUGCUGCUGUAGAUCAUAUGAUCCAAAUGAACAUUCAUCCUAUUCCUGAUCUGUCAAUUAACUGGAGUGACUUUGGUGCCAAACUGCCUAUCAAGUUGUAUGCACAUAGUAGUGUUGUGUACAAGGAUAGCUUGUUUGUUACUGGUGGUUAUAAUGCAAAUAAUGUCCUUUCUGACUGUAUUUACAAAGUACAGCUUAAACCACCUUACGCUGUUAAACUGGUAUCCAAGCUGCCUGAACCAAGAGUUCGUCACAGCACAGUACUGUGUGAUGAUAGUAUUUUGAUCGUCGGGGGAAAGAAAUCUUUGGUCACCAAAGACAACCUCAGCAGUGUGUUAAGCUAUGACAUCAAGAAGAAUGAAUGUGAACAGUUACCUGCGCUUCCCUAUCCAGUGAGUGACAUGGCGACAGUCAAGUGGGCUGAGAAUGUCGUGAUCAUUGGUGGUGCUGACAAGGAUGAGAGAGCAUUAAACAAUGUUAUAAUUUAUAACAUCAAGACCGGAAACAGUCAUAUGUUGCCUCCCAUGUUACACAAGAGGAAAGGAUGUAUGGCAGUUGUUAUUGAGAACACAAUUGUAGUACUAGGAGGGAUGGGUGAGAGGAAUACUUUGAAAUCAGUCGAAAGUUUCAGCUUCGACAACUAUACUUGGGAGGAACUUCCUGGCAUGAAGGAAUCAAGAUGGUUAGCCACAGCAGUUGUGAUUUAG